GCUCUAUCGUCCAUAUCCUAUUUUCCAAGAUUCCAUUGUCAUAUCCAAUUCCGUUUUCUUUUCUUGUUUCCCCCCUCAUCCAAUCCCGUCCAUCAUUUACUCCUUUUUCUUGUGAAUGCAAGUGGCACUAAGAAAUCCAACCCCCAGACAAAUUUUCCUACGCAACAACACAAAAACCUCAUUUCUGCUCCCUUCUCAUAUCCAUUCCUAUCGUCUCGGAACUUUCUCAACAACCUUUCCGACUUUGCGACAGCGUCGCGAUUCUAGACUUAUGUGUUCUCGUUCCUACUGUCGUUACCAAUCUAUUUAUUCCGAAACCUCUGAUCGCUGAAUUUCACACACCAUACCCUUGUUGAUGCUGGUGGAGAAUUCGUAGUGUCCAGAGUUGGAUUCACUCCAUGUUGUAACGAAGUCCACGAAUUAAGACGAUUGAUGAUUACAACCCCGCGAUCGCC